AUGGCGGACGGGGAUUUAUGGCGCGAUCGCAAUAAAGUGUUUGUAGCAGGAUUGCCACCUCACAUCGAUGACAAUGCCCUGUAUGAAAAGUUCCAUGCUUUUGGUGAAAUGCACCAGUCCAAAGUGGUCUACGAUCCGAAAACAGGCCGCUCGAAAGGUUUUGGGUUUGUCACUUUUUGCGACUAUACCAACGCUUUGGAUGCGGUGGACCAAGUGAACCAGACGAAAUGGGACAAACGCGUGCUAAAUGUGCGUUUUUUGCAGCCAAAGACCGAAAAUGGGUCGACAGCAACCACUGGUCGAGAAAAAAAAGGGUCGACAACCCUUGCAGUGAUACGCCCGAAGAAAGUCAUUGGACCACGACCAGAAGGCUGUACUACAAUUUACGUGGGCAAUCUGGCUUAUGAUAUUACCGAAGAAGUGUUGCGGAAAGUGUUUGACAAGUGUGGCGGCAUUCGUGCAGUUCGGUUUGCCGAACAUAUUCAGACAAAAGAGUUUCGAGGUUUCGGGUACGUUCAAUUCCAUGAAGAAGGACCGUGUGAAGCUGCCAUCAAGUUGGACGGGAUGAUCGUCAUGGGACGUCCGAUGAACAUUGACUACGGCGCAAGAGACGAUGGGUUCGCACAAGCUCGGGAAGAGCUCCAGAAGAAGCUGAAAAAAGGGAUCUGUCAUAAAUUCCAGCAGGGUCAAUGUACUCGUGGCGAUGCGUGCAAAUUCGCCCAUGUGAUGCAAGAUCAAGAUGCAGAAGAACUGGUGCAACCAGCUGAACGACCUGCGGGUGAAUUGGCGACUCCGGGUGCUGCUUUGGCGGGACCUGCCGAUCCAAAUGCCCGGAUGGUAGAUGGUGAAAAGACUCAAGCAACGUCAGACGCACCGAUCUGCAUCAAUUUUCAAAAGGGAAAAUGCAAACGCGGUGCAGCUUGUAAGUUCCGACAUUUGCAUGGAAGCGACAGUGCUGAGAAGACUGCAAUGGAAGAAAACGGAGUUGAGAUAGUGCAGGCCGAGAGUGAGGGGAAAGAGGAGGUGCCAGAGGAAGAGAAGACGCUUGCCGAGGAAGCGGCACCGGUGUGUCAGAACUAUCAGAAGGGCAAGUGCAAGCGUGGAGCAGCCUGUCGAUUUCGUCAUGUCACUGCACCGGCAGGAGGUGAUCAAGUACCUAAAGACAAGAGCUGGAAAGCUCCCAUUCGCGUCGUACUGCCGGUUGCUGCAGUAGCUGAAGUUGCUGUGUGCAGGAAUUUCCAGUCGGGGAUGUGCGCGCGAGGAGCGUCUUGUCGAUUUGCACACACUGAUUACGAGCCACAAGCAGCUCCUUUGGUUGCAGUCGAAGAAGUCAGCGAAUACCAGAAACGUUUCCAAAGUGUGUGCUACAACUGGCAGCGCAGUGGAUCCUGCGCACGUGGCAAUAAUUGUCCGUUCCAGCACGAUCAAGGCAUCGCUACAAUGCAGAGCAAACAGGCUGGAGAAGCAGAGACGCAGUUCCGCACAAAAGGAGACAAAGAUAAGGAGAGCUCGAUAUGCGAGGCGGAAGAUGCGACAGACGAAGAAGAGGUUGAUGGAAAGCGUUCCAAAAAGCACGAAAAGAGCAAGAAGGUCAAGAGACGCAGGGCUGAUGAGGAGGGGGAAGAUGAACCGACAAAGCACUCGAAAGCUCACAAGAAGGAUAAGAAGCGCAAGGCUGGGAACGAUGACGGACAUGCACAUGACGUCAAGAUGAAACACAAGAAGGACAAAAAGCACAAGAAGAGCAAGAAGGCUGACAGAAGCGACUGA